CAAUGCUCUAGUACUCGUCCCGGCGGCCCGUCACUGUUCGGCGUUCGCUUCAACUUUCUUCACUUUGAAUUAAGGAUGCUCUAUCCAUCCGUCAACUCUUCAUGCAUUCGAGUCCUGCGCUCAACCCUUAAGACAACCCUCAAGUUCAAGUCCUUCUCCACAUCACAGCCCACACUAAGCACCGCCAGCUCAACCAAUCCCAACUUCGUAAAGAUAGUCGAAGUUGGGCCUCGUGAUGGUCUCCAGAAUGAGCCCAAGCCAAUUCCACCUCCCAUCAAAGCAGAACUCAUCAAUCGACUCGCUAUCGCAGGGAUGCGCAAUAUCGAAGCCGGCAGCUUCGUGAGCCCAAAAUGGGUACCUCAGAUGGCAGGUACGGCAGAGGUCCUGGCUCUCAUAGACAGUUUCCCGAAAACAGGUUACUCGGUACUCGUCCCAAAUCAGAAGGGGUUAGAUGACCUCCUAGAAAUACUCUCUACUAGCACUUCUCCAAACUCACACGCAAAGCCCCCACCUCCAGUCACCGAAGUUGCGAUCUUUACCUCUGCGACAGAUGCGUUCUCUCUUGCGAAUACCAACGUCUCUGUUUCAGGUUCUCUUGAACGUCUCGCGCCAGUUGCACGCAGAGCUCUUGAUGCUGGGUUGAAGGUGCGAGGGUAUGUUUCAGUAGUCGUCACAUGUCCCUUUUCCGGACGUGUGGAUCCGAGGAGGGUUAGGGAUGUUUCGAGGGAGCUCGCACAAAUGGGGUGCUACGAGGUGAGCUUGGGAGAUACGACAGGUGCAGGGACGCCUGCCAGCAUCCUCGGGAUGCUUGAGGAAGUUGCAAAAGAAGUAGACAUAGGGAUCCUUGCUGGACAUUUCCACGAUACAAAUGGCACAGCGACUGCCAAUAUUAUGACUGCUCUUGACUUUGGGUUGCGGACAUUUGAUGCGUCCGUUGGUGGCCUUGGAGGGUGUCCGUAUAGUCCUGGCGCCACGGGUAAUGUUGCAACGGAAGAUGUUAUCUAUGCUCUUACUGGAGAUAGGUUAUUCGGCGAUAUUAGUGAACCAUACGGCAAUCAUGGCAAGCCCGCCAAGACGGUGCAAAGUCGAUGGGAUGUAGGUCCCGUUGACCUAGCUCGGUUGGCAGAAAUCGGGGAGUGGAUUUCUGGGGUACUUGGGCGAGAGACUACGAGUCGUGCUGGCAAAGCCCUAUUGGCGAGACGGAAGAGAGAAGAGUAUCGCAAACGAAAGGAAGGAGCAAAGUUGUGACAUUACGACACUUCCCCCUUCGCGAGAUAAGUUGACGUCUACUCGGCUCGGACGUGAAUUUAUCAUGCUUAAAGACCACGAUCGUUCUGCACACUUUCUAGUGAUAACAGUUUUUUGCAUCAUGCUCUAUGACACUAUCUUCUUCGAAUCAAAUAAAUACUCGGGGUAUCACGACUCAUCAAAU